UCCAGGUGUAUCCAGUCCUUAGUACACUGUACAUUGCUACCGUCGGUCUCUUUUCAACGUGUUGGAAGAAGGAGUCAUCCGGCUGAAGUUUUCUUGCAUCUUUGAGGUAUACUUCACGCAAGGCAGCCUUUCUACCUUGCAAUCAUGCAGAAUCGAGGUGCACGAAGCGCUAUGCGAGGGCUUAGCUACAUGGUACAGCUGACAAUACUGCUGGGAAUCUUGCAAUCAAGCAGUACCAAGGCCGAACGCGAAACUCAAACGUCGCCACCUAGAGCAUGUACAACAUAUCCACUUCCCGGGGACGAUGGCCGCCCAUGGUACAUCUACACCUGCACAAAUCUUGGGCUUACUUCAAUUCCCGAGAUGUCAGACGAAUUCAGAGGGAGGAUAGACAUCUUGAGCUUGGGCAUAAACAAUCUAACCCUCAGCGAACCAGAUCCAUUCAGAGGCAUGUCCAUUGUAUACUUUUUGUAUUUGUCAUACAACAACAUUCGCAUUUUGAAGACGGGCAUCUUCGAUGAUUGUGUCAAAUUACACUUCCUAGACUUGCGAAAGAAUGUGCUGGAGACUAUCGAACCAGAUGUCUUCGCCAAGAACACCCAGCUGGUCCGUUUGUACUUGAAAGACAACUUGCUCGUUGAGCUGCCACGUAAUGUGUUUGGCAGCGUGGCUAUGAAUGCUCAAAUAGCCCUGGACAACAACCCACUGGCACCGGACUACCGCCUGUGUGGUGCACUUUACACCGACAGAGAGAAGAGCAAGAAAAUUCAGUAUUCCGGCUUGACGCCGGAGGCAAUCAAGAACGUUGGAAACGUUACGGAGGUAUGCAGUAAACCAUGCUAUUCGUUCCGGCCCGAGUAUCUGAACGUCUGCCCCAACGCCUUCUGCAAAGGGACUGUGGGAAACCACCAAUGCAUUCCCAUAGAGUCCGGAACAAGAUUUGAAUUUUACUGCGGUGGAAGCGGACAUAGGCUCGCAAUGAUAUCAAGCAAAGAGGACACAUUCGCGCCAUCCGAAGCCGCAUGCAAUGCAAACAAUGGCUACCUGCCAAGGCACAAUGAUUUAAGGUACGGCUGCGCCCAGGCGCUGGUGGCCAAGGUCCGCCAACACUACAAUCUCUCGUACACGCCAGUUGCGUGGAUCGGCAAUAUCUACAAAGGGAACGCUUUCGCCACCAACGGAUACACUUAUCGGCCAACAACCACCAAGCUUUACCAUAUGUGCUAUUACUGUCGUGAAUUUCCUCACUGCUAUGGCCGCUAGGCCUUACUGGGUGUCACCGGCCGUGGUGAGUUCCCUUCGGGAACGGACACGAUAAUAAACUUACUUUGGAUGAUCUACGUACAUUGCCCAAAGCUUUUCCCAUCUGUGUUCUGGUAGCGUUUUGUUUCAUCCAUAUUUAACCGAGUUUAAUAUUAAACUCUCGUAGUUGGUGCCUCAGUGUGCAUAUUUAGCACUGCAUGUUUUGUAUAGGUUUUUGUCGAUGCUUCCGCGACCAGAACAAAUGGGGCAUAGAUGAUACGUUUAGAGUAUAUAGAGCGGAAGCGUUGUUCCAUUUGUUCUUAACCCGAUUAUGAUCCUCAUUCUCACCGCUUCCAUUUUCCAUGCUUUUCCCCGACGUUGCUUAUGUUGUUAUGCACUCAUCUUCUUCGUACUAUAUUCCGCCUCUAGCUAGUCUUUGCUGUAUACCUUUGCUGUUUGCAAGCGUUAGCGAAGCAUCUGUUCUGUGGAUCCCUGGAGUGCAUGCAUUCAUGAUCGUUGUUUCUGCAAUGAUGCUGCAGUCACGUGAUGCCAGUGCUGGCCCCCUACGUUACAUUGGCCCAUUUGUAGUGGUGAAGGAGACAUGAAACUUUCAAAUAUUACAACUA